UUUCCCGGCAGGCCCGGCGCCAGGCUCCCACGCCAUGGGGCUUUGGCGGCGUUUGCUGCCCGGCCGUGGGAUGGUGCUUUGGGGCGAUAGUGGAGCCGCUGUCCCGCCUGGGAGAAGCGGAAUUUGGGCCGCUCGGCGCCAGUUUUCUGGCGCAGAGAGUGAUCCCCUAAAACAAAGAAGAGCACAAAUCAUGUCCCGAGGACUUCCAAAACAGAAGCCCAUAGAAGGUGUUAAACAAGUCAUAGUUGUGGCUUCUGGAAAGGGUGGAGUUGGAAAGUCUACGACAGCAGUGAACCUGGCACUUGCACUAGCAGCAAAUGAUUCGACAAAAACCAUUGGUUUGUUAGAUGCAGAUGUGUAUGGUCCUUCAAUUCCAAAAAUGAUGAAUCUGAAAGGAAACCCAGAAUUAUCACAAAACAACCUAAUGAGACCUCUUUUGAAUUAUGGUAUUGCUUGUAUGUCUAUGGGCUUCCUGGUUGAGGAGACCGCACCAGUGGUUUGGAGAGGCCUCCUGGUAAUGUCGGCUGUUGAGAAACUGUUAAGGCAGGUAGAUUGGGGCCUGCUGGACUAUUUAGUAAUUGACAUGCCACCUGGAACAGGAGAUGUACAGUUGUCAAUUUCCCAAAAUAUUCCUAUUUCAGGUGCAGUGAUUGUCUCCACGCCCCAGGACAUUGCAUUGAUGGAUGCCCACAAGGGUGCAGAAAUGUUUCGGAAAGUGCAUGUGCCUGUUCUUGGUCUUAUACAAAAUAUGAGUGUUUUCCAGUGUCCAAAAUGUAAACAUGAAACUCCUAUUUUUGGUGCUGAUGGUGCCAGGAAACUAGCACGGACCCUUAAUCUUGAUGUUCUAGGGGACAUUCCUUUACACCUCAGCAUAAGAGAGGCUUCAGAUACAGGCCAGCCAAUUGUGUUCUCACAGCCUGAAAGUGAUGAGGCCAAAGCUUACCUGAGAGUUGCUGUGGAAGUGGUCAGAAGGUUGCCACCUCCUCCAGAAUGACUCGCAAGUGCCCUGCCUAGUGUCCUGCCACUUGACAAUAAGAGGACCUGUGGAAAUGAGUAAUGUGAUAGGCGGGAACGACAGAACUAGACCCACAAUGGUUUCCUUUUAUGUCUAAGGAAAUAAUGUCUUAUUUUCACAUUUGAUUUACUAAGCUAUGGCUUACAAGUAUCUUUUUUUUCCCCCUUUGGUGGCAUGGGAGUUUGAACUCAUGGCUUUUGCUUGCUCUGCAAGUAUCAGUGUUAACUGUUACAGUUAGGAUUUUUUUUUUUUGAAAAGUUGAUAUGUAUUAACUUCACCAAACCACUUUUUAUUUUAUUGAUCUCCACCUUGAGGAAUCACAAUUCUAUGAUGUCACAAUGCCAGUCUGGUAGAAAACUGCACAUGACCACAGUCGGUCAUGUAAAGAAUUUACUAAACUAGUGCUCGCUUCGGCAGCACAUAUA